CUUAUUUUAGCAGGCCCCGAGAGGCUUUAGUCAAUCCUGCGCCAGGUGAUUUGAUUAGUGAGAUACCGAGUCUAGCUCCUUGGUUUCUCUGCUUCUCCUUGUCUCUCAGAUCAAAAAAGCUUCGUGUGCGUCUCUCGUCCUCUUAAGUUGUCGAAAAUGCUGGCUAGGCUCGCUGCUAAGCGUCUUCUCGAGAUCCGCCAAGUUUUCCGUCAACCAACCUCUCAGGUGUCUCGUAGCUUAUCGACGGCCUUAAACUACCAUCUGGAUUCUCCUGAUAACAAACCCGAUCUUCCAUGGGAGUUUUCCGAGGCAAACCAAUCUAAGGUUAAGGAGAUACUCUCUUACUAUCCAUCCAAUUACAAGCAGUCCGCAGUUAUUCCUCUUCUAGAUCUUGCACAACAGCAGCAUGGAGGCUGGCUCCCUGUUUCAGCUAUGAAUGCAGUUGCUAAAGUUAUAGAAGUUGCUCCUAUCCGUGUUUAUGAGGUUGCAACAUUUUACUCAAUGUUCAACAGGGCAAAAGUUGGAAAGUACCACCUUCUAGUUUGUGGCACAACACCAUGCAUGAUCCGUGGUUCACGAGACAUCGAAUCAGCUUUGCUAGACCAUUUGGGAGUGAAACGCGGUGAAGUCACCAAGGAUGGUUUGUUCUCUGUUGGAGAGAUGGAAUGCAUGGGUUGUUGUGUUAAUGCACCCAUGAUCACUGUGGCAGACUAUUCGAAUGGAUCAGAAGGAUAUACAUACAACUAUUUCGAAGAUGUCACACCUGAGAAAGUCGUAGAGAUUGUUGAAAAGCUGAGAAAAGGAGAAAAGCCACCGCAUGGAACUCAGAACCCGAAGAGGAUCAAGUGUGGACCAGAAGGAGGAAAUACGACACUCCUUGGUGAGCCUAAGCCACCGCAAUUCCGUGACCUUGAUGCAUGCUAAGCUAAGUUCUGUUCGCCGCAGUUUUAUGUGGUUCAAUAACGCAAAGGCUAUAGCGAUGUUUGACGCCUGUAGCAUCAAAUUGAGUUUGCAUACUCUUUGUAGUCUUCUUGGUUUGGAAUUUAGACCCAUUUUAAACAAAUUGCCAAAAUCAUCCUCGUUUAUUACGAUCUCACUUCCAAGAUUUAUGUGAAAUUCUAAUAAAAAAAACUUGUAUGUGUUACUUUAAAAGACCAAGAUUUUCC